ACUGACUUUGACAGAGUAGUCGAGCUGCGUCAACAGACUGAGGAAUUGCUGAAGGCACGUGAUGUCGAGCUCGCCAGUCUCCGGGAUACUUUUAUCCAGCUGAAAAGCUUCGAGAUAGCUCUUGAUUCAAUCAAAUCCGAUAUAGAUGAUGUUGGGUUGGCUGAAGAUACAGAAACCGAUGUGGAAGGAGUUUGGAAGAAAGGCGAGCUAACUAAUAUGACAGAUGAAGGAAGAGAUGAGAAAGAAAUAAGGGCGGAAGAGAAUAUGGAGAGCGAAUCUGAUAAUGAUAUCUCCGGAAAAGACGGCAAUGGCAAACUGAUUGAUCGGAAAGUCGAAGAUGCGAAUACAGAAUCACUGAAUACCAUAGGAGGGAUCGGAAAUCAGGAAGAAGAGUGUAGUGGGGGCGAUUGGGGAAGCGACUUCAUCUUAGAUGGUGCCAGCUUUGGAGAUAUGUUCAACGUCCCGACCAGCGAAGCGUUUAAAACGAGCCUACGUGGUUUAGGUUCAAUUUCGAAGCCAGAUAAUAUAUCUAAGGACAGACCAAAUAAAGAGAUGAAGAAGAAGCGAUCAAAAAGGAUUAAAAUGAAUAAUAAAAUUAUGUCUGAUGAUGAUAAACUAUUGGCAGAGGAUGGAAAAUCUGAGCCAAUUAUGAAGCCUACAAAGAUAAAUGGCUCGGAAGAAGCUGUAAAGAUAUCUGGUCGUGGUGGCAACGUUUCUGAAAAUUCUCCUUUGUCUAUGUCUGCGGUUGCCGAUAGCCGCCUACGUGCCUCUCUCUCUCUCUUCCUCAAUAUAGGUCAGCUGCGUAUCCAACUCUCUCAGGCCGAACAGCAGGUAGAAGUGACGGAGGCCGGCCGACAUCAAGAGGCUUCUUUGCGCGAGGCAGCUGAGACUCGAGUAGCGGAACUUGAGCUAGCUCUUGGUGAGCUGAGGUCGGAGCAGAGUCAGGCAGAGCGGGAACGGGCUGAGGCGGUGACCAAGCUGAAUGUACUUUCGGCUUAUUUUAAAGUAAACAAAUGUGCAUACGCAAAGUCAUUUUUAUAA